UCCUUAUCUAAUACCCAAUAUUAAUAUUGCCCCCUCUAGUGCAUCCUAGGUGCAGUAAAAUUUACUAACUAGCUAUGUGACCAUUUAAUACGUUUGAAGAAAAAAAUCGGCUAUGAAUACAUUUGGAAUUAUUUUAUUUAUAUUUGGAGUACUUACUAAUUACGGUUAUGGACAGUUUUCUCUUAACGGAUGUUCCGAGGGCUGGAUUAGCAAUGCCGCACAAUGUUACAGCUUCGUGGCCAAUAACCCACUGAUUAUAGAGGAGGCAGACUCAUAUUGUUGGGUGUACGGCGCAAAACUUUUAGUCAUCAACAGUUACGCGGAACACGUGUUUAUUGCAGACUGGCUGCAACAAAAUGACAUCUUAUUUCGGUCUACCUGGUUUACGGGUGGAUAUUAUGCCAACGACGCCAUUGUUUGGGGCACAGAUGAGGUCAUUAAUGAUGCUGGGAAUUACUGGAACGUGCAACAGCAGUCUGCAUCGCGCGUGUAUAAUCGGUUAGCUUACAAAAUUGGCGAUCAUAACAAAGGAUACGGAUGGUCGCUUGUAUCAGGCAGUCGUCCUGCAAACUUCAUAUGUGAAAUAUCAAAAUCAGAUGUCAAACUAAACAGUGUCCGCGACAGGGACUACGAUUAUGGUCUUGGAUUUGCUGAUAAGAACAGCCUACCUCACGGCCCUCAGAUGAUCACAGAACCUAAAAACGUGCUUAUACUUGGGGACGGAGGUAUCACUAUAUACCUGGAAUGUUCCGCUUCCAGCAGACCUCAGUCUAAAUACAUCUGGAAACGACAGGACACCGUUAUUAUAUCAUCUACAAGGUAUACCUUAAGCGGGGGUCGUCUCACAAUAGCUUCACCCAAUGAGGAGGAGGAUGCUGGGUACUAUCAGUGCAGUGCUGUAAACGAUAUAGGAACUAUACUCAGUUCUGUUGCUCAAAUUACAUUUGGGUAUCUACAUGCUUUCUCGCCUGUUAAACCAAACGAUCAAGUUGGGACGGCAUUUGAGGGAGUUCGAGUUAGUUGUAAUACACCAGCGUACAAACCUGCUGUGAGAUAUGGCUGGUUCAAAAACCAUAACACGCACAAUUACAUAUUCCCUGGACAUCCUGUCCACUUUGUAUCCCAGUCUGGCUACCUGUAUUUCUCCGAGGUUCAGUACACCGAUGACCGGACAUACUUCUGUAUUGUUACCUUGGUAACCACGGCAGACUUCGUAGCUGAUACAUCUAUGGCACCAAGCAGAGUCGGUCUUGGUACGAAACUAAUCAUCAGGGAUGGAAAAACCGACAACAACUACGGGCCUAUUAUCCACACGCACGCGUUCCCGACUCCAGCUCUGAAAGGCAGUCUAGUUCGUCUAGAAUGUGUCGCCUAUGCCUCUUCACCACAAAAUUUGAAAUAUAAAUGGCACCGCCAGGACGGCCAGCCAUUUAUCAAAGGGACGACUCUAAGUGACAGAAACCGAGUUCUGACCAUACCCAACGCCCCUAUGGAAGCUGAAGGAAACUAUAUUUGCACAGUGACCCGGCCAGCAUCGUCUUCACGACCUGGGGCAGUAAAAUCAGCAGUGAUAACAUUACUACUGGAAACAAAGCCAUAUUUUGCUGAUCCCAUUGGAAACAUGCUUGUUGACCCCAAUCAAGAUAUAACAUGGAGAUGCAAGUCUGUAGCAAGGCCCCAAGCAACGUAUUCAUGGUACAAAAACGGACAGCUCAUCCAAAAUGUUCCUGGUAAAAUAGAAGCACAUGGCAAUACACUGACAAUAAAUCAGAUAAAGGAAGGUGAGGACGAAGGCAUGUAUCAAUGUUCAGCCACAAAUCAGCAUGGGACUUCCUUCAGCUCUGGAGAACUUAAAGUGUUAUCAUUUAAACCCAAUUUCGACCGAUUUCCGAUGAAGGAUUCCUUCAUGGCCCCUGUCGGUGGUAACCUCACUAUACCAUGCAGAGCAGAGGGCGCUCCUAUACCUGAUAUACAAUGGUUAAAGAAUGGCGGUCCUUUGAACGUAAUGGCAGGCUUGCUGACUGACAGGAUUGGCAUGACCUUGAAGAAUGACCUUGUCAUUACUAAGAUACAGAUGAAUGAUCAGGGAAUAUAUAUCUGCAAGGCUGUCAAUGUGAAUGGAGAAGCAACAAACUCUUCAUAUGUUUCCGUUGUCCAGGGUGUUGUCAUAGACAAGCCGCCUUUGCCGAUGACUGCGGUUCUCAAUAGAACAGAAUUUCUGUACUGCGCUGCCUCGCAUCCUGGGAAGUUCCUAGAUGUGACAUAUCAGUGGCUGUUUAAUGGACAUCCUAUUAUCUUUAAACAUAAUCCACAUCUCAUACAGGGAAAUAAAAAUGGUUUAUCCGGUAUAUAUAUUCGAGAAGCACAGUACGGCAACGCAGGCUUAUAUACAUGUGUUGUGAAAACACCAUUACACUCUGAUUCAAAAUCUGCAUUGGUGUUAGUAAAUGGACCUCCAGGUCAACCGGCUGGUGUGUACUUGGACACAGAUUCUGUGACGUCAUAUAGCGCACUUGUUGUGUGGACCUGGGGAGAGGAAAGUGACCACGGAUCACCUGUUACAGGGUUUGACGUCGAAGCCGACACCAACUAUGAUCCAGGCAACUGGACAAUUGUAGCCUCUGAUAUACCUGACUAUCAGGCAGUGCAACUAGCCACAGACAAUGGACACAGACCUGACCAGCGAUCGGUAGAAAUCAAGAAUUUGAUUCCCAACACAAGCUAUAGGUUUAGGGUCCGUGCAGUGAAUCAGCAUGGCAGAGGAAAGGACGCUAGCAGGCCUUCAGUGCGGAUAAAAACGCCAGCUACAGCCCCUUACAGAGCGCCUGACAAUCUUGGAGGAGGAGAUGGUUCAGAAGGAACGCUUUAUAUAUCUUGGACGCCACUGCCUCCCUCAGAACAUUGCGGUCCGGGUAUAGGAUACAGAGUUUACUGGAAACCAAAAGAAAAUCAAACAGUAUUUGGGCAAAGCUGGAAAGAGGAGGUGAUUAAUGGAAACUUGGGAGAAUACACAGCUAUGGUGGGUGUUGAAAAUUAUUACCUGCCGUAUGAGGUCAAAGUUCAAGCGUUCAAUGACCUUGGUGAUGGACCGAACACAACAGUUCAAGUCGUUUAUUCUGCCAUGGGAAUUCCCUCGAUUGUGCCCAUGAUAACCGGAUCAAGUGGUGUAAACAUAUCAACAAUUAUAGUGUACUGGGAUCCAAUACCAGAUGAUCGGGAACAUGUUAAAGGGCGUAUAGGAGGCUACACAAUUCAGUAUUAUUGGAAUGACCAAGGAUGCAACCCGAUGACGGGAUGUGAAGUUACCAAUCUCCGUAAUAGGAAUAUCUGGGGUCAAGCCAGUGAGGUCAUGCUCAUUGACCUUGAAAUGAACUCCGAAUUCUUCUUUAGACUUCAAGUGUUUAACUCUGCUGGAAGAGGACCAAAGGGUGAAUGGAGGCGUGGAGAAACGGCAACAUGGGCACCGUUAAAUUACCCACGGUUUGUAACCAUUACGUCGCACGGGCCUCACAGCGUAUCCGUGUCUUGGCAAGGCGUUAUGACUACAGUGAAUGAAGAAAUAAUUACUGGUUACAAGGUGAAAUGGUGGGAGGUGCAGUCUGAUAUACGAAAUGCCAAUGAGACCCUAUCAGAUCUAUUACAAAACACUGUAGUUGUACAUGGUCUACAGAGGAAGACCGUGUAUCAGUUACGUGUUCAAGGAGUCAGUGCAGGAGGUGAUGGUCAGAUGAGUAGUCCAGUCUUCUUUACCAUUGAAGGCGGAAUGAUACAGAUAGAUCCAUCAACUACACAGUUCUGUUAUGAAGGGGUCACGUGUUCAUCUACUGAAAGCUUUAGAGCCUGUUACUCAUCCUAUAUCAUCACUGUAUUUGUUUUUCUGUACACAAUUUUAGUUGACAGACACUCACUAUGAUGUUUUGUCUAGUUUUGCAUUUCUUGUUGCUUCUUGUAAAGGAGUAUUUUAGUCAGUCAGUGACAACAUUCUGACGGCAAUGUUAUACAUGCUUCUAAAACCGAAUGUUAAAAACUUACCACAUGGCUUAUUACAACCUCUUCCAUUUCUGUUUUUUCUUUGUUGCUCUUCUAACAAUCAGUCAAUGAAUAUGACUGCAAAGCGACUGUAAUGUUUAAAAUUAUUUACAUAUCAUAUGUAAUUAAUAAGCAGCUGCGAGAUGAAUAACGAUAUGUAGCAUGCAUGAAAUCAAUAUGAUUUUAUUUUAAAACCUACUUCUGGUUUGUAAUUUUAAGAUCUGAACCAUGUAUUGAAAACGUUUUCAUUUUUAUUGUUAGUCAUUUCCUACUAUAGAUCAUAUGCUUAGUUGUCAGUUUGUAUGAAUGAAUAAUUUGUUAAAAAGACUGUAUUAAACAAACGUGGCAACAACAGGAGAGCGGUCCUCUGGCAAAGUGUCAUUUCUUCGACGAAUUAGGAAAAAAAUAUAACUUUUGCAAAUAUAAUAGUGUUACAACAGUGGUACAACUAAUCUAAUUGACUUGCAGUCCAUAAGUAUACAGAAACGAGACAAAGAUUUUUAGCAAUGAUUUUUACUUGCAAUGGUCAUUUCAAUAAAAUGUAGCUUUGUAACUAAAUUGUAUGUGUUUUUUAUAUUUGCUGAUUUUUGUAUUUAUUUAAGUUUGAUAUUAAAAAGAAAAAAAAUAA